GGAUCGGGUCAGGGCACGCUAUUAGAAAUCUAGAGCAACUUAAGGAUUUCUUGGUUUCUUCCAGAAUAAUACGCAAUUGUGAUUCAACAUGGUGAAUGGAGAAAUGCAAAGUUCCUACAACGUAAAAGAUAAGAUUGUUUUGGAAUUGAUGGAUUCGACGGACAACUAUCUACAUCUUAUGAAUUCUCUGUCAUCAUCACUUCGCGAGGGAUGGCUGGAGCUGGCGAGUGCUAGGCAUUCCAUGGGCGCUUCACGUAUCAGUAGUGCAUUGUUUGAUCUCAAAUCUCAUUCUGCUGCCACUACAUUGCAAUUAAACCAUCAGGAUGCUGGGCCUAAAUCGGAGGAAUCGCAUUUCAGUUUGUGUAAGUGGGCAUCAUCUGAGAGUCCAAAGAGCUGUUCUGAGGAGGAUACGCUAUUACAGAAGAAAUCCAAUAGCCCAAAAGUUCUGAAUCAGGAUGGUUCGUCAAAUUCUGAAGUUCAGGAAGAAGCGUCAGAAGCACCGGAAGCUACCGAAUCACCACGUACGGUGGAGGAUCAAGCUCGAAAAGAGCGACUCAAGUCAUUAUCCAUGUUUGGAGUGCUGGUCUGUCCAAAGCUUCGAGCUGCCCAAUCGUCAUUUGAGACAGCUCUUGAAACUCUAGUAGAAGUAGCAAAUAAACGGGCAGACCUGCUUAAUGCUUAUGAGCAAGUGCAAGAAAAGAUGGAGAGUGCGACCAACUGACGAAAGAAUCCAAGCCCUGUGUGUGGAGAUCUCACCUCCUUCUGACCCUUCCUUCCCCAAGGGCGAAUUUGGGAAUAAAUGAAAUAAAUGCAAAUACAGCCAUGCCAGGAAAACAAAAAGGAUAAACGAAAAGAAAAGAAGAGAACAGAUUCGAAGGUCCCAGGGAUGAUGGCAUUGGUAUAACAGACUAACAGAGAGAUGAUUACUUUAUUUGAACUGAUCUAUCUUUUGUAUUUGUGCUUAUUUGUAAGAUUCUCCGGUGUAAGUUCUUGCACAUGUCAUAUGGUUUUUUCAUAAGGAAGAUAUUUAAUUUGUGCUACUAACUCAAAACUUAUGAGCUAGUCUUUUUUGGGUGGUGUGGGUUCCAAUAGUCUUACGUAUUAUGUUAAACAGUGAUAUAUAGGAAGACUUUUAUUGGUGACA